AGGUUUUUCUGCGAAUUGAUUGGCUGGCCCCUCCGCUUCAGUCGAGUGGGUAUGAACUGAUUCAGAAUAAAACUACAGCCCCGCUGCUGAGUUUUAAACCGCUUUGAACCCAGACGCACAGCAGCUCGUGGCGUUUCAUUUCAGCAUGUCCUCAGACAUUAACGCGGACUUGGAGCUGGAGCUGAAUGACUUGCUGCAGGAGUUCCAGGAUGUGGUGGAGGAGCUGAAGGCCCCUUCUCAAAGCAAACCCCACGCUUACCAGCACGUACUGCAUGAGGCCAAAAGCCGCACGGGGCUGGGGGACGACAGCGGAGUGGAGGACUCGGAUUACAGCAGCGAAGCUUCUAUGGGAAACAGUUUGAAUACCAGCGAGGAGGAGCUUCACACAGCAGGCAUAAUGAUGGCACCGAAAGCCAAGCUGGGAGACACAAGGGAACUCGAGAGUUUUAUCGACAUGUUGGACCGAGAACUUGCCGACAUGUGAACACGGAGAGAGAGUGAGACACAUAGUGGGGGGAGGAGAAACAGGCCAGGGGCGAAAUGGUUGGCUACCGUCGAGCAGAAAGGGAGAUCUACACCAGAGCAGCUCUGCUGGAGCGAAUGCUCCCACUGCCGCUCCAGGGGAAAAGGUUAACAUCAAAAAUUAAAAGGCCAGUCCAUUCCGAAAUGCGAGAACACCCCCAGACCCCCGGCAUUGCAGCGUCCGGCCGCCAAGACGACGACGCCGGCGCAGCAUCGGAUCCAAAAUGUGUGACACAUUCCCGAAACGAGACAAAGCUUCCAUCUGUCCGCACAUAUGAAAAAAAACACUGUCUGGAGCGCAGACAGCAGGUUCAUGCCACAUUAAAUAUUCCCAUGAGUGCCAUUCCAGUAAAGGGCUCUAAAUCCUCAUUGCCAUAUAUUUUUAGAAAAGGCUGGGCUUCGUCCAGUUCAAAAUUACAGAUGGCACUUUAGUUUAAAACUAAUUUCCACUCCAAGAGGUUUAGAUCUGCCGUAUAAAGUCAAAUGUCAUUUAUAUGCAGAGUUUUCCAGUGUACAGUUCUUGUUGAUAUUUUUUAUGUACAUGUACAGAUGAAUAUAAAUAAAGCAUUUUGAAUUGA